AUGGAUUACGACCUCGACACUCCAAUUACCUCCAAGGUCGGCCUUCGCCAAGGUCUCGCCUCUUAUGGAGAUCCCCACUUCUCUCUCUUCCUGCGCAAGGUAUUCAUCAAAGCGCUGGGAUAUAGCGAAGAUGCUCUGUCGCGACCAAUUAUUGGCAUCGUGAACACUUAUUCUAGCUUCAAUCCAUGUCAUGCCAACAUUCCUCAGCUGAUAGACGCCGUGAAACGCGGCGUUCAACUGAACGGCGGCCUAGCUAUUGAUUUCCCCACCAUAAGCAUCGCUGAGUCCUUCUCGUCGCCGACAAGCAUGUAUCUUCGAAACCUCAUGAGCAUGGAUACGGAGGAGAUGAUUGGCGCUCAACCUUGUGACGCCGUGGUCCUCAUUGGUGGUUGUGAUAAGACCACUCCUGCCCAACUAAUGGGAGGAAUAUCAGCGAACAAACCAAUCCUACAUCUUGUGACGGGCCCGAUGAUGCCCGGAAGCCACCGAGGUGUCAGAAUUGGCGCUUGUACAGAUUGUAGAAACAACUGGGCCAAGUACAGAGCCGGGGCUAUCGACAUUGAAGACAUCUCUGCUAUCAACGACGAGUUGGCGCCCACAAGUGGAACUUGUGGUGUGAUGGGCACCGCGAGCACAAUGGCGUGCAUCCUUGUUGGACUUGGAAUGAUGCCCUUUGCUGGCGCCUCAGCACCAGCAGUCUCGUCAUCCCGGCUCCGCAUCGCAGAGGAAACAGGAAAGCAUGCGGUGGCUGCCACCACGAAUCUUGACAAGCUACGACCGCAAACAGUUUUGACCCGCGAGUCGUUCCUCAACGCAAUUACGGUUCUCCAAGCGAUAGGAGGCUCGACCAAUGCGGUUGUGCAUCUCAUGGCUAUCAUCGGACGGCACCCAGAGGUUGCGGGCACCAUCGACCUUGACACAGUUGACGAAAUUGGUCGUAAAACGCCGCUGGUUGUCGACUUGAAGCCGAGCGGAGACAAUUACAUGACGGAUUUCCACAAUUCUGGCGGAAUGCUUGCGCUCUUCCACGAGAUCAAGCCUCUCCUAUUCCUUGACGCCAUGACGGUGAUGGGGCUUACAAUUGGCGAGGAAAUGGCCCGGGCGUCUUAUUCCGCUGUUCCACGAGAACUCAGUGUCAUCCAGCCGUUCGACAAGCCUCUAUACCCAGCGUCAUCUUUGGUUGUGCUUCGGGGCAACUUGGCUCCGGGAGGCGCCGUGAUGAAGGCGAGCGCGUCAAAGUACAGGCAUCUCCUAAAGCACUCUGGGCCUGCUGUCGUGUUCUCCAACUCAGCAGACCUUGCAGAUAGGGUAGACGACCCAAACUUGGAUGUGACGCCUGACAGUGUCCUUGUGCUGCAGAAUAUCGGCCUGGUUGGUAAUCCGGGAAUGCCAGAGGCUGGAUUGAUUCCCAUCCCGAGAAAGAUUGCAUCGCAAGGCGUGUUGGAUAUGCUCCGGUUGUCUGAUGGCCGGAUGAGCGGCACGGCGGGCGGAACAAUCGGUCUUCACAUUUCGCCCGAGGCAGCAGACCCAAAGUCAGUGCUUGGUAUCAUCAGGGACGGCGACAUCAUCACCUGCGACGUGGAGGCGCGGGUUCUUCGAGUCGCGCUCUCUGAUGAGGAGAUACAGGCGAGAAUCAAGGAGAGAGCUCAGCAAGUCAAAGAAAAGAAGUUGCCGUGGGAGGCGAGGAAACGGAUUAGAGGCUACCGGGGACUCUUCAUGCGGAACGUCAAUCAAGCUCAGAAUGGGGGCGAUUUCGACUUCUUGACCGCUGCAGGGCCUGAUCAAGAGGAUGAGUCUUAG